AUGAAGUCCGUCAUAUCUUUCGCUUUGGCGGUUUUCGUCGCGACCAGUAACGCCAAUCCAAUAACUCUCGAUCCUCGUUCCAUCCCUGGCCCGUCAUACGAUAUCGGACCAGCCUCCAAUGGAUCAUCAUUCGACGUUAUCAUUAUCGGCGGCGGACCAGCUGGGUUGAGCGCUUUGAGCGGUCUUGCUAGAGUUCGACGAAAUGCUCUUCUGAUUGAUUCUGCGGAAUACAGAAAUGCAGAGACGAGACAUCUCCAUGAUAUGAUCGGAUAUGAUCAUACCGUCCCAGCAGCAUUCAGAGCCGCCGCCCGAGAAGGAAUCAGCAAAUACCCAACCGCGACAAUGCAAAACGGUACCGUGGUCUCAAUCACCUCCCCCGACAACGGCACAACAUUCAUCACCACCGAUUCCAACGGUCAAAUCUACACCAGCAAGAAAGUUGUCCUCGCAACCGGUCUCCGUGACAUCCUCCCAGACACCCCAGGUAUCAAAGAAGCUUGGUCUCGCGGAAUCUACUGGUGUCCCUGGUGCGACGGUUACGAACACCGCGAUCAACGCUUUGGCAUUCUAGGCUCUAUUCUUGAUGUCGUAGGCACUGUAUUCGAAGUCAUCACACUCAAUAAAGACAUAAUCGCCUUCGUAAACGGCACCUGGACGCCCGAAAACGUCGAAAUCCUCAACACCAAACGCCCCGGCUGGCAACAACAACUCAGCUCCACCGGCUACAACAUCCAAAUCAUCAACACGACCAUCACAAGCAUAACGCGCAUUCAAGACGGUGCGCUCGUCAACGAUCCUAACACCGAUUCGGAAUUCGAUCGCUUCAAUGUUAAUUUGGAAGGUGGAAGUUUUAUUGAACGCGAUGUGUUUAUGACGAAUUUCCCAUCCAAGCAACGGAGUUAUCUGGGCACGGAGAUUGGCGUGCAGGUUUAUGGCGAGAAGAUGAUUAUUGAUCCGGCGAGUAUGAGGGCUGCGACGGGGGUGUGGGCGGUUGGGGACGCGAAUAGUGAUAAUAGUACGAAUGUGCCGCAUGCGCUUUAUACGGGGAAGAAGGCGGCGGUUGUUAUUCAUGUUGAGUUGGAAAGAGAGUUUGCUGAGGGGUACGUAACGAAGAGGGAUGGGGAGGAGGAGGAGGUUAUGGGGGUUAUGGGGAGGGAUUUGGAGGAUCUUUGGGAGGGGAUGGUGAGAGGAUGA